UGAGAAACCACAGGAGGCCGAGACCUAAAGGGAAGGUGCAGAGGCUCUGAGAGGAGAGGCAGAGAAAGUCGCAGAGGACAGCGUGCCUGCGGGACGGGCGAGAGACAAGAAGCCACAGGGCCAUCUCACAGGGAACCGAGGAGGCCAGGGGAGAGGGAAGGGAAGCGAGACAGAAGGCAGGCACCCCAAGAGCAUAAAGGAAGCUGAAGAGGCCCUGGGAACCAGAAACGGGAGCCAUGCCCCACAGCUCCGACAGCAGCGACUCCAGCAGCUUCAGCCAGUCCCCCCCUCCCAGCAAGCAGGACUCUUCUGAUGACAUGAGGAAAGUCCAAAGGAGGGAGAAGAAUCGCAUCGCUGCCCAGAAGAGUCGCCUGAGGCAGACCCAGAAAGCAGACACACUGCACUUGGAGAGCGAAGACCUGGAGAGGCAGAACGCUGCCCUGCGCCGGGAGAUCAAGCAGCUGACGGAGGAGAUGAAGCACUUUGCCUCGAUGCUGAGCUCCCACGAACCGCUCUGCUCCAUCCUGACAUCCCCUCCACCGCCCCCAGAAGUGCUGUAUGCCACACACUCCUUCCACCAGCCCCACAUCAGCUCCCCACGCUUCCAGCACUGAGCCAGCCAGCGGAACGGCAGCCUGGGGGCUCCACCGAUGGCAAGAAGCAAUUUCAUGGGGCUCGCUUUUCCAUCCAAGGGAGAGGGACGGACGGACAGACACCCCUUCUCAAAGUGUGUACUCUGAGUGACUUGCCUAAGACUUGCUCCCUGUGCAGAAAUGGCAGAGCCACCAGGAGGCAUCUUCGGGCAGUUUCCAGCUUGGAUCCUGGGAAGAGGAAGCAUUCGCAAAAGAGCACCAACCGCCUUCCCUGGUGCUUGCCUGGGGACGCUCGCAGGAGCGUGUGGCACCGGCAGCCUCCGGCGUGCAACAGCCAGAGCUCCAGGACGAGGAAUGGGAGCAGGGGCAGAGGGGAAGGUUGGGGG